ACAUUUAGAAAAACGUGCUUGUGGUGGUUGUGGUUCCGAUCAUUUGUUGCAUUUGUUCAUAUUUGUUUGAAUAAAAAAAUGUAAAAAUGACAAAGUUUUACAGCCUUUUCAAGAUAAAGUAAUAUAUAGGUAGUACAGAAAGGACUUUUAUUAAUUUAUUCAAAUUGUUUUGAUUGAAUACUCACAAUCGUAUACAGGGAAAAGUUAUAACCUUCAAAAUGGUUAAGGAAUUGUACCGAGAAACUGACGUCGCCCGAAAGAUAUCGGAGGUAUCUUUCGGUGUUGAUAGUCGACACAAUAUGGGAAAACAGGCUCACCUUCACGUCGUCGCCAAGAAUUUAUAUUGUCAAGAUGGUAAUCGAACACCUGUCACUUACGGUGUUCUCGAUAAAAGAAUGGGUACUUCGUCGAACUCAACCAAUUGUACAACUUGUAAUAAAACACUAAAUGAAUGUAUUGGUCAUUUUGGAUACAUAGAUCUUGAAUUGCCAGUUUUUCAUAUCGGUUAUUUUCGAUCGAUCAUUGGAAUCUUGCAGUCAAUUUGUAAAAAAUGUUCAACUGUAAUGUUAACCAAAGAUAUUAAAAAGACUUAUUUAAAUCGUGUUCUAAACCCAAAUUUAGAUUAUUUAAGUCGCAAAGCUUUAAGGAAACAGAUUCUUGAGAAGGCGAAGAAAACCAGUAUUUGCCAAUCAUGCGGUGAACAAAAUGGAACUGUAAAGAAAGCCGGUUUAUUGAAAAUUGUUCAUGAAAAAUUUAAGGGCAAAAAAAGUACUGAUUUAGUUCUACAGGAGAAAUUAGCAGAAUACAGAAAUGCUGUUGAGGAUAAUAAAGAAUUGGAAAGUAUUUUACAAAGUGGACUCGUCAACGUUUUAAAUCCAUUAGAGGUACAAAAUUUAUUUGAGCGCAUUCCCGAGAACGAUGUACCGCUUCUUUUGAUGAAUCAAAAUUAUGCGCAUCCGAAAGAUUUGAUUUUAACCCGAAUUCCAGUGCCACCGAUUUGUAUUCGUCCUGGAGUUGAAUCAGACUUGAAGGCCGGAACAAAUGAGGAUAAUCUCACAAUGAAACUUAGUGAAAUUGUUUUUAUCAAUGAUAUUAUUCAGAAGCAUCGAGUUAGUGGAUCAAGAGUGCAAAUGUACAAUGAAGCAUGGGAAUUUUUACAAUUGCACUGCGCUCUUUAUAUUAAUAGCGAAGUGUCUGGAAUUCCCCUUAAUAUGCAACCGAAAAAAUCAGGAAGGGGUUUAGUUCAACGUUUAAAGGGAAAACAGGGACGUUUCCGUGGAAAUUUGUCUGGAAAACGAGUUGAUUUUUCGAGCAGAACUGUCAUUUCCCCAGAUCCAAAUCUUCGGAUUGAUCAAGUUGGAGUUCCAGUUCAUGUGGCGAAAAUUCUCACUUAUCCGGAGAGAGUAAAUAAAGCGAAUAUCGAACUAAUGCGAAAAUUGAUUCAAAACGGUCCUGACGUUCAUCCUGGUGCUAAUUUUAUUCAACAUUCGAAAAGUAAGGUGAAAAAAUAUUUGCGAUACGGUAAUAAGCAAAAAAUCGCCCAAGACCUGCAGUACGGUGAUAUAAUUGAAAGACAUUUACGAGAUGACGACGUAGUUCUCUUCAAUCGACAACCAUCUUUACAUAAACUUUCGAUAAUGGCUCACAAAGCGAAAGUAUUAGAUCAUCGGACAUUUAGAUUUAAUGAAUGUGUCUGUACUCCUUACAAUGCAGAUUUUGAUGGCGAUGAAAUGAAUUUACAUUUGCCCCAAACGGAAGAAGCGAGAGCGGAAGCGCUUGUCUUAAUGGGGAAUAAAUCAAAUUUGGUAACUCCUCGAAAUGGAGAAUUAAUCAUUGCAGCGACGCAAGAUUUUAUAACCGGUGGUUAUUUGCUGACGCAAAAGGACACUUUUUUGAAUAAAACACAAGCUUAUCAAUUGGCAGGUUGCUUAGUGUCGGGACUUGAUUCUGAUUUAGAGAUUACUUUACCACGACCUGCGAUUCUUAAGCCCCACGAAAUGUGGACUGGAAAGCAAAUUUUCAGUUUAAUCUUAAAACCUAAUCAAAAUGGCACUAUUAAAGCAAAUCUCAAGACGAAAGGAAGAGCCUACACUUGUAACGAGGAAUUAUGUAUUAACGAUUCUUACGUAAUAAUUCGAAAUUCAGAGCUUAUUGCUGGAUCGAUGGACAAAACUAUCAUGGGUUCUGGAUCAAAGCAAAAUAUUUUCUACGUUUUAUUACGCGAUUGGGGCGAAGAUGCGGCAACUAUAGCAAUGUGGCGUUUAUCGAGAAUGGCGAGUCUUUUUCUGAUGAAUAGAGGCUUUUCGAUUGGAAUCGGUGACGUUUCACCUGGUCAGGGUUUAUUGAAGGCAAAACACGAACUCCUACAAGCUGGUUAUUCAAAAUGUACCGAGUAUAUACAUCAAAUGGAGGAAGGACGUCUGCCGUGUCAACCAGGUUGUUCCGAAGAGGAAUCCCUCGAAGCGAUUAUAUUGAAGGAACUCUCUGUUAUUCGUGAUCAUGCCGGUAAAGCGUGUUUAAAAGAACUUCAUCCAAGCAACAGUCCACUUGUCAUGGCCCUCUCUGGCUCAAAAGGAAGUUUUAUCAACAUAUCUCAAAUGAUAGCAUGUGUGGGACAGCAAGCCAUCAGCGGAAAACGUGUACCCGAUGGAUUUGAAGAUCGUGCACUGCCUCAUUUUGAGAAAUUUUCCAAGACACCGGCAGCGAAAGGAUUUGUGCAAAAUUCCUUUUAUUCAGGACUCACGCCGCCGGAAUUUUUUUUUCACACCAUGGGAGGCAGAGAAGGUCUUGUUGAUACGGCGGUAAAAACUGCCGAAACUGGUUACAUGCAAAGACGAUUAGUGAAGAGUUUAGAAGACCUGUGUUUACAAUAUGACUUGACUGUUAGAAAUUCUGUCGGAGAUAUUGUUCAAUUUAAAUACGGUGCCGAUGGUCUCGAUCCAACUUACAUGGAAGGUAAAGACUGUCCAGUCGAUUAUAAACGAGUUCUUGAUCACGUGAGAGCAAUGUCGCUCUAUAGAGACGAAGAACCACUCGAACCGAUACAAAUUAAAAAAGCCGCCGAGGAACUACUGAAAAAUGAAGAAUAUUCCUGUCUCAGCGAAGAGUUUAAGGAUGAACUUAAAGAAUUCAUGACGUCAGUGGCGAAGAAAGUUGGUAAAAUUCGAUCGAAUAUGACAACAAAAACACCCGUGAAAUUGGAACUUGAACGUUUGACUCUUUCGCAAUUAGUGGAAUUUAUUCACACGUGCAAGGAGAAAUACAUGAGAGCAACUGUCGAACCAGGAACGGCUGUUGGAGCAUUAGCAGCUCAAAGUAUUGGCGAACCAGGAACUCAAAUGACAUUGAAAACUUUCCAUUUUGCCGGUGUUGCUUCUAUGAAUAUCACUCAGGGUGUACCUCGAAUAAAGGAGAUUAUUAAUGCCAAUCCAAAAAUUAGUACACCUAUCAUUACCGUCGCUUUGGAAGAUGACACAGAUCCAGAGUUUGCAAGGAGAGUGAAGGGAAGGAUAGAAAAGACUACAUUAGGAGAAGUUUCUGAAUAUAUUGAAGAAGUUUACCUGCCAGAUGAUUGUUUCCUUUUAAUAAAACUCGAUACGGAUAGAAUUAAUUUACUAAAACUUGAAGUUGACGCCGAAUCGAUUCGAUAUUCAAUUUGCACCUCGAAGUUAAAAAUCAAUCCGAAAUUGGUAAAUGUUCAGGGAGAUUCGAUACUUACGGUGAAUCCGUCUAAACAAAAACAUAGUCUAAGUGUAGCAUUAACAACUUUAAAAGAACAAUUGGGCAAUGUUGUUAUAAAGGGUCUUGCUUCGGUGAAUCGAGCGGUCAUUCACAAUGACGACGCAAGUGGACAAACGAAAUAUAAAUUAUUCGUCGAAGGUGACAACAUGCGAGAAGUAAUGGCGACACCCGGAAUUCUCGGGAAGAAGACAACUUCAAAUAAUACUAUUGAAGUAUUUCGAACAUUGGGAAUCGAAGCUGCAAGAGCGACAAUUAUGACUGAAAUUAAAUUGGUAAUGGAGAACCAUGGUAUGAGUAUCGAUAGACGUCAUCCUAUGUUAGUUGCCGAUUUAAUGACAAGCCGAGGAGAAGUUCUUGGAAUUACAAGACAAGGUUUAGCGAAAAUGAAAGAAUCCGUUUUAAAUUUAGCUUCGUUUGAAAAAACGGCCGAUCAUUUAUUCGAUGCAGCUUAUUAUGGACAAAAGGAUACAAUUUGCGGUGUUUCGGAAUCAAUAAUCAUGGGAAUUCAAGUUCCUGUUGGAACAGGAAUUUUCAAACUUCUUCACAAAGCUAACAAAGAUGAACCACAGAAAAGAAGUCUGAUUUUCGACGAUCCUCAAUUCCAUGGAGAAAAGUCUUGAAGGAGAAUUUAAAUUUUUGUUUGCACAAAUUUAUAAAUACUUAUAUUAUAAGUUUAAGUUUGUCAUUUUUAAACCGAAAAAUGCGAACAUAAAACAUAAUUUACUGUAGAUAAAAACUUCAUGUUGAAUUAUGCAUUUUUAAAAUACUUGUAAAGUAAAUUUUUGUAAAAAAAAAUGUAGGAAUAAAUAGGUGUUAAAUUUGAUUAA